AGAAAUUCGAUAUUUGUUUCCUGCCCAACGCUCAUUACUGCAUUCAGCCACUGCCUGAGGGAGUGGAGCAACACUACAACCCGCCAAGGUGGUGAAAAUGCCUCCUAAAAAGCAAAAGACAAAGGACAUCAGGUCCUUUUUCAACAAGACUGACAGUCCUGGCAGCAGCAGCUCGACCAACACAGGAAGUGCACAGCCAGGUGAAGCUAAAGGCUCUCAGGUGAGCUCUUACGCUGCACGUUCCUUAGUUGAAACUGCUACACUCACCAAAGUGAAAAAAGAGGACAACUGUGAUUCCCCGAUCGUUGCAACACAUUGCCCUUGUUCUUGUAUCAGUGAUGGUGAGCCUCUGAUCAUAUCAUGGGAGUCAGAAAAGGUUGAAGAGGCUCAAGGCCAACAUUGCCAACCAAUACAUUCAAGGGAUAAAUAUUCUGUCUUCUACAUUGACACAGUGGGAGGGCUGUUCACCAAACAAAAAAAGCUUUUUAGAAACAGCGCUGUAAAACAGUUCAAGUAUCUGUGUGUCUAUGGGGAGAAGGGGAUGACUGUGGAAGAGGCUCUGAGAAGAGACGGUCGUUUCAUUGAUGAUCUCGGCGCUUGCACCUGUCAAGAGCAGAUACAAUGCCAAGCUAUCGGAAAAAGGAAUUUUAGAGUCAUGUCUCUCCACGGAAACAAAAGAGAGCUAAGGACGAUGAAAAAAAAAGAAAAGCAGGGGAAAACUCUGGUUGCAUCAAGUAAUUUUACAAUCAGAGGGUGCGGUGGCAAAAGCAGCUUAGAUGUAAUAAAGCAGAGAGGAAUCAGUGUCAGAACAGAAGUGGAGAAAAGAGGCAGUGUUGAUGACAUUGGGGAGAUUCGUGAUAUACUGCGUCAGCAGUUUCCAGAUCUGAAAGAACUGAUGGAGAGUAGAUUCCCUGAUAAUUCUUAUAAGGAAGCACUGAACUUGAGGAAGGAAAACUUUGGAAAGAUCCAACAGUCUUUCAGUGAAGUUCACAGAGUCAAGAAGCUGCUAAAAAUGGGCGAGUCAGUCUGCAAAGUGAUUGUCGGGGAUGUUAGUACUGGCACGGGCUUUGUGCUGUUUGACAACUUCAUUGUGACUAAUGCGCACUUGUUCAAAGAUUGUGUUGAAAAAGAAAAGCUGAAGGAGGGUAUAAAUGUGUUUGCUGUCUUUAACUAUGAGGUUCCCGAGCCAUUCACAAAUUUCUACUACUUCCAGCUAGCUCGGUUUUACCUCUGUUCCGGAGAGGAUGAACUAGAUUAUGCCAUACUUGAGCUCAACCCUGAGGGCCAGAAACCCAACGAAACAACACAAACAAAGAAAAUGAAGGUGCCACCAGGGCUCCUCAAGACAUUUGGUCGAGUGCCUCAGAAUGGUGAAGCCUGUAUUAUUGGUCAUCCAGCAGGAGAAGUGAAACAAAUGGAUCCGACAUGUAUCAUUAAAAAAGAAAGGAGGAGGCAGGCUGUCAAUGAU